AAUAAUAAAAUUUUAUUUUCCCUCUAAAUAUUUUUCUCUCUUUUUACCAUUGUUUUUUGAAUAUUAUAAUAAUAAAAGUUUUAAUUUGUAAAAAUAGAUUUAAUAAUAUUUUUUUUUUUUUCUUUAUUAUUUUAAAUUUUGUUUUAUAUAAUAAAUUUUUUUUUUAUAUUUUAUACAAUAUUAAUUCAUAAACACACACGACCCACUAUAAUAACAAUAAAAUUUUGUUAAGAUAUCCUAUAUACUAUUUUAAAAUAAAAUAAUAAUAUUAAAUAAUAAAAAUAAAAUAAAAAAAUAAAAAUAAUUAUUGAUAAUAAUUGAUAAUUAUUGAUAAUACCAUAAUAAAAUAAAAUUUAUAAAAUAAUAAUAAUAACAUAAAUAAUUUAGAGAAAACAGAAAAAAAAUAAUACAAUUGUAUUCAAUUAUUAUUUGAUUUUAAACCAUUAAUAAAUAAUAAUAUUCAUAUUAUAAAUCCCAAUAAAAUAAUAUUUAUUAUACUCAAAUUAUAAUUUAUGUAUAAUAUUUUAAUAAAAGUUACAUUUAAUAAAAUUUUAAUUUUUAUAUAAAUAAAACAAAAAAAAAAAAAACAAAUAAAAUUUUCUUUAUUUUUAACAAAUAAAUAAUAACAAAUAAAUAUAGAAUGGAGGAAAUAGAUUGUGAAAGUUUAGUUAUUGAGGAAAACGAAUUUUCAAAGGGAUCAUUUGCAAAGGUUUAUAAAGGAAGUUAUUAUGGAAAUCCAGUUUGUGUUAAAGUAGUAAAAAAAGAUUCUUUAAUUGAUAAAGAACUAAUAAAGUUUUUAAAUAGAGAAAUAGAUAUUUUAAAAGAAAUUUUACAUCAGCCACAUAAAAAUAUUGUUAAAUUUAUUGGUAUUGGAGAAAAGGAUUCAUUAUUAUUUUUAAUUACUGAACUUAUUAACGGAGGAGAUGUUGGUAGUAUUUUAUUAAAUGAAAGCUUCGUUUUACCAUGGAGUUUGAGAAUUAAAAUGGCCAAAGAUAUUGCUGAAGGUAUGGAGUUCCUUCAUUCAAAAAAAAUAAUGCACAGAGAUUUAAAGUCAAACAAUUUACUAUUAGGAAAAAAUUGGACAGUAAAAAUUUGUGAUUUUGGUUUCGCAAAACAAUUUUUACAAGUUAAUCCCUUAUCACAAACCAUUUGUGGUACUGAUGAAUUUAUGUCACCAGAGGUUAUAUUAGGAAUACAGUAUAGUUUUUCAGCUGAUGUAUAUAGUUUUGGUAUGGUGUUACUAGAGUUAAUUACAAGAAAUAAACUAGAAGAGCGUCUACCUCAAAAUAACUUUGAUAUCGAUUACGAAGAACUCCAAAACAAAAUUCCAUCCGACUGCCCAAGAGAGUUUUUAGAGAUUUCAAUGAAAUGUUGCAACUAUGAUCCAAAAGAAAGACCAACAUUUAGAGAAGUUGUAGAAAUGUUAGAUAACCUUAUAAUAAAACUAGUAAAAGAAUCUCCCGAUGGUCCAUACCCCGAAACCCCAAUUAUAGUUUCAAAUCCACACUUUGAUGAACAAUCUAUUAAUGAUUGGUGUAUGUUAUCACUCAUUCCUGACGACUGUUUAGAAAAUCUAAACGAAUUUUCAGAUUUAAAAAACAAUAAAACAAACGACAAUAAUAUUAAUAAUAAUAAUAAUACCGAUAACAGUACAAAAUUAUAUAACGACGCAAAAUCAAAUUUAAAAAAUAGUAAUUGCUUAUUGUGCGAAAAUUGUCAACAAAAAUCACCAGAAAGUGUAAAAAGUUCUUAUAGUAACAGUAGCAUUGGUAGUAGUACAGGCAGUGUCAGUAGCUCAGGUAGCAAAAAGAAAAAUAGAAAAUCUUGGAGAUGUUUGAUUAAUUAAACUCUUUUUCUAUACUUUAUAUAUAAUUUUUUUUUGAAAAUCAUUUAUUUUUAUUUGUUUUUUACAAAUAUAUAUUUAUUAAAUAAAAAUAAAAUCUUUUUUUUGCCCUCU